AGAGAAACUGCAUCCUCUGUGCAACGUCUGGGAGCAAUGUCUCCCCCUUUCCAUUUCUUAUCCCGGGAGGGAGAGACUGUUCACUUAUUGCAACUGGACUGAAUCCAAGGGAGGGAGCAUUCUCUGCAAGGGAUAUUAGAAGAGAAGAAUUUGAAACAGAAAUCUCAAACCAACCAUCAAACAAGGUCUGACAGUCUGUUGAUUGACCAGGACGUGAAUAUUGUCUAUUACACAGACUGAGUGAGAGUGUUCCAGUUAUCAGAGGGUUAACCAGUGUCACAGACUGAAGAAAGAAAUCACACAACAUAUGUGUCAGCGGAUUUUCAACUGAUCGUUGAACCUGGAGACUGACGAGGACAGCCACCCCAUGGAGAAGCCAUGGAAAUGUGGGGAAUGUGGGAAUGGCUUCCCUUCUCCGUCUGCGCUGGAAAUCCAUCGGCGCCUCCACACGGGGCAGAGGCCAUUCACCUGCACGCAGUGCGGGAAGGGCUUCACCCAGUCACAUCACCUCCUGGUACACCAGCGCGUUCACACGGGGGAGAAGCCGUUCAUCUGUCCCGUGUGCGGCCAAGGAUUCACCCAGUCGCACCACCUGCUGUUGCACCAGCGCAUCCACACCGGGGAGAAGCCGUUCACGUGCUCGGUGUGCGGGAAGGGCUUCACGCGGUCCUACCACCUGCUGCUGCACUUCCGCGUCCACACCGGGGAGAAACCGUUCACCUGCUCGGUGUGCGGGAACGGCUUUUGUGAUUCCUCCACCCUGCGGAAACACCGGCGGGUCCACACCAAGGAGAGGCCGUUCACCUGCCCGGUGUGCGGGAAGGGCUUCACCCAGUCUUGCAAUCUGCGGAGACACCAGCAACUCCAUAAGUGAUGGUGCCAGGGAGGGGGGAUUGGAUUUUGCUGUUGGGAGUCAUAUCCGGGACGGAACCAUGCCCAUUCAUUGGGUGGAUCAGGAGCGCCGGAGGGCCCCAUUAUCUGCUGGACUGCUCACCCACUUCACUUCCAUUGGAGCUGAUGCUGUUUCAGCCUGGGACUGCACAUUUCCACUGAAAUGAUCUGGAGAAACUUCUGAAGGACAUUUUUGUCUCAUCCUGGACGUUGACAACUGUCCGUCCUGCCACUACAAGUGGAUCUAAAACAGAUACACACGUUGACUCUCCAGCACGGGGCUGGGCCAGUCGGCUCACUUGGACUCCAUCAGUAUUUAUGAUGUGCAUGAGCCUCUAGUGGCCCCUCUUCAUCUCCACGCAGUCAGCAUAUCAACAAAAUACAGCACAGGAACAGGCCUUUCGGUCCACCAAGCCUGUGCCAACCCCUAAUCCUUACUUAGACCCUCUGUUCGUGUGUCUAUCCAGAUAAGUGUUAAACAUUGCCGUCACGCCUGCUUUCCACCACCUCUGGUGGCAGUGCAUUCCAGACACCACUGCCCCUCCCGCCGUGUGAAACAUCUUCCCCUGCACGUCACCCCCAAACUUUGACCCCUCUCACCUUGAGCCUCUUGUGGUUGACCUGUCCAACCGAGAGAGAAAGCCUCUGACUACCCACCCUCUCUGUGCCUGUCAUAAUUUUGUAGACCCUCCCCCAAACAAAGCCAGUUACAGCACGAGAGCAGGCCCUCCAAGCCCACGCCAACUAAAACCCCACCCCAUCCAGGGACUGUAUCCUCCCUCGAGAGAGUCUUGAUGAAGUCCACCUUCUGAUAGCAGUGACUGCACUGAUGCAAAUCUUCCCCACCUCAGCCAAUCAGCGUCGCACCGUGCUGCCCUCCUCCGGGUCACCCCCCCUCCCCCAGCCCCCACAUCCAGCCUCUGUCUUUCUGGUGACGACAACCCAUGUUUGUUCAACUUCUCCUCAUUACUAAAACCCUCCGAAUCAGGCAACAUCCUGGUAAACCUUGCCCGCACCCACCCCAAACUCUCCUCGUCCUUCUGGUAGCAUUGCGGCCAGAGCUGUGUGCAAUAUUCCAAAUGUGGCCUCACUAAAACUGUAAUAUUAACUCGUCAACUUUUGUAUUCGAUGCCCCCAGCCAAUGAAGGCAGGUGUGCUGUAAGCCUUCCUGAUCACCUUAUCCACCUGUAUUCCACUUUCAGGGAUCUGUGGACCUGUACGCCCACAUCCCUCUGCAUGUCAGUGCUCCUCAGAAUUCCGCCAUUUAUCGUGUAAUUCUGAUACUUUCUUCUAUCCUGUUCUCCCUCCGAUUUGUAUCGAGCUUUCCUUCAAUUGUAUUCCCGUCUUCCCCAACGACAGCAUGUCCUUCUGUUCUAAAGGUGACUGAAUAGCAGCUCACGAGGUACACGGUGGGGGCUCCUUCCCAGAUUAAAGUGGGUGGGGAACUGAAUCUGGGUUGCUCGGAGGAAUUGCCCAGGGCCCUGGCUGGGUGCCUCACUGCCUCCACCGGGCCCAAUUUGAACCCUACCGGGUCUGGCUCGAUCCCUGCAGAUGUAACUGACAUCAUCGAGGCCUCCCCCCGCCCUCAGCCUCCCUGUGGAAAGGAGCAACAGCGAGGGUGAGCCCUGUGGUGGGGUGUCGGGGUUGACCGGGGCGGUGGUGGGGGGGAGUGUAAACCGGACGGCGCCACCAGGCUUCGUGCCGAUCUGCGAGAGGCAGGAGCGAGGACGGCCUCGCCCUCUGCCCACUGGCAGACAGAGGUCAUUCAGGAGCUGUCAGCGAGUGAGGUCUUUCUCCAAACUCCCCGUAAACCGGGCAACGGAUCCCAGGAGCAGUGAGUAUCCCGGGAGCGAUCAUUAUUCCUGGAGUAUACAGAGAGGAAUGUGGCGAGAUGGUGUGAAAUUCAGAAUUUCAUGGGUUGAAAGAAUCAGCGAUGGCUCUUUCUGGGCUAAACUGAUGAAAGGGAUGAAGAGAAACCACUGCAAGGGAAUUAAAAGCAAUGCACGAAAUUAACCAUCCCUGAGAAAAUGGAGGCAAAACAACAGAAACGAGCUGUUACCUGGGACAGAGGAGAUAGCGAGCUCUUCGUAACCUGCUGCCUGGUGACCAAAGGACAGUUAAGCCAGCUGCAGAAGAAGUGGACUGACAUAAAGGGGGUUGAAACCGCAGGACGGGCAGCUAACCCUGAAUGCUCACAAGGAGCAGAGGAGCUGCUUCUGAUAAGGUACGCUACAGGCCUGAGGUCUCCAGAAUUGUCACCAACAUUUGGUGGGGGAGGGGAGGGGGCGUGGGUAAGAAUCGGAGGGAACUUCACCCCACAGACUCGAAAGAGAGAAGAAUUGCACCUGUCGGAAUUCAGCUCCGGAACGAUUCAGCAGCAGGACUUUGAAGUCCAGCCCUGCGCAAGGAUCGAUCCCUUGACGCUUCCAGAAACGGACGCCCCGUUGGUGGAAUCUCGGCUAAGUUCCACCAUUAAUCGGGCAGUAGCCGGGGCUGAGUGUCGGAACUCGCUCACUUCAGCUAUUUUGGUUGCGACAUGCAAUAAAGUUUACAUCACUGUUUGAACACGA